AUGCCCAGAGCUCAGUUGCUUGAAGGCGCGACUGCACUUCAGAUGGAAAAAAUGCUCUUUCCUCUGAAGAGCCCUAGUGCCACAUGGCUGAGCCCCAGCUCCACUCCCUGGGUGAUGGAUUUCAUCCUCAUUGGAGUGUGUGCCCUGGGGCUCCUCUUCCUAUUACUCCCCUACCUCCCCAGUGACCCACCCUGGAGGAGGAGGAGCAGCAGGGAGGAUCAGAGGAAGAGAAGGGGAAGAUCCAGGAGCAGGAAGCAGAUCCCAGCUCUGAAAGCUUGCAGAAUCCUUCUGAGGGAGCUGGAGGAGACUCGGGACCUGUCCUGUCUUCUGGAGAGCCACCUGAGGAAGCUCGCGGGUGAGGGUGGUUCCCAUCCACCCUUAGGGGGAGAUCCCCUGGGUGACGUCUGCAAACCAGCGCCUGCUCAAGCCCCUCAGCCACAUGGGAAACGUAUGCAAGACCCACCACCCGCCAGCUUGUCCCCACCGGCUUUCCCGGCUCCUCUGGCCUCCACCCUGUCACCAGGCCCAGAGCCUUUAGGAUCACACUCAACCCUGAGUGCCACCAGGCCACCAGAGCCCUUGUCUCCCCUAAAACGCCCUGCACCCCGGCCACAUGCGCUUGUUCCUCCCUCACCACAGCCCCAUGAGCCCGCGGCCUCCUCUCCACCCCCACGGGCCUCCAGCCUGGCUGGACUUUCGUGUGGCCCCGGCCCCCACAGCUCCCCUCCACAACAGCAGCAGCCACCGGCUCCAACCACGGUGAUCUCUGGACUUGGGCGCUCCGGCGAGCCCACUGGGGACCUCUCCUGGUGGAAGGAGGUUGCCACCACGUGGGGCCUCUCCACCUGCUCACAUGGCAAAUUCCAGCAACAGCAUCUUCCCGACCACACCCCAGAGGCUUCCUUCUGGGGAGACCGCACACCCAGGCAGAUGGAGGCAGGUGAGUGCACAUUCAUCCACCCUGACGUGCAGAAGCUGCUGGAGACUCUCAUCACCAAGAAGGCAGUGAUGAAGCUGCGGCAGGAGAAAGAAGGGAAGGGGGUGGACUGCUUGCGGGUGACACCACUGCAGAAGGAGUGGGACGCCACGACUCCCGAUCCCUUCUGGAACCAGACAGCCCAACCACAGCAGCCACCCAGUCCGCAGCAGGUCUCUGACGCCACGGCCAUGGGGGACCACUUUCAGCAGAAAUGCAGCCAGCUCUUAUGGGACCUCCCCUCUUUCAACAGCGAGUCCCUGGUGGCUGCGGCCUGGGUUUCCAAGGCUUCCUCAGGAAACAGGCACAGGGUAUCAUUUUGUGAAGCUGCCACUUCUCUUCCACGUGAACCUGAGGUUGAGGCAUCAUCACAGAUUCCCCAGGCACCACCCCAGCCCCACCACGUGGCCCAGCCUCAACCUGUCACUCCAGCCAGGCCCCGGCCCCAGCCCCAGCCCCCGCCUCUGGCUGGGAUCCAGACCCAGGCCCACUUCUCACCCCGUGUCCCAAGCCUACCGUUCUCUUCUCCACCCCACAUUAGGGGCUGUGGGGCAUCUUGCCUUACAUCUCAGCAGAGGGCACAUUCUACCAUCCCCACUGGAAAGGGGUAUCUUGAAUGGCCCUUGCAGAAGCGACCAAAGUGGAAGAGGGUUUUGCCCUCUCUCCUCCAAAAGUCUCAGGCUGUCCUGAGCGAACCCACUGCCCACCUUCCCCAGGAGAGGCCAGCCCCAUACAGCGCCAAGUCAGCCCCCAUCCUUUCCGGGGCUGCCUCCAGCCCUGAGCUUCCAAAGCACCAGUGGCGAGGAAAGGGUGCCAUCCACCAGGAGCAGCCCUGUGGCUCGCCUGGCAGAUGCCAGCCACCUGGAGACCCGCUGCGGCCCCAGGGGGAAUUCCCAGGGAUGCCCCAGCAUCAAGCAGAAGACAUGCAGGGGACCCACCUGCCCUCCCAGCCUUCUGAAUUUUCGGGGAAGCACAGCGAAGAUGGGCAGAAGACAGGAUUUAGGAGCUCUGGAAGGUUCUCUGGGAAGGGGUGCUUAAGGUCCAAGCAAGAGCCAGAUCCAAGCCAGGAUCGAGGCUCAGGAAGGACCUCAGUGAAGCUUCUGGAGGAAGACAAGCAGGAGGCAGAAGGUGAUUUCAGGAGGCCCUGGAAGAACCAAUCAGUAAGUUCCGCACCCGGGGACCCAGACAAGAAGCAUCCGGAAAAUAAGCUGCAAGUCCAUCUGGGCAGGAAGGUAGGGGAGAUCAAGGAUGGCUGGAUCCCCAUGCCUGUGCGUCGCUCCCGGCUCAUGGCCAAACGUGCUGUUCCCAAGUCUGACACCUGCCAGGACCCUGGGAAGCUGGCACCCAGGAGAGGUGGGGAAGCCCAUGUGAACACCUCCCAGGAGCUUUCCUUCCUCCAUCCCUGCACCCAGCAGAUGCUGGAAGCACAUCUUUUAAGGUUUUGUGUGAGGCACAGGUGGGGUCCAGACCUCCGGUCCCUGGAGCCCAUAAACGUCUGGUCAUGUGAGGCUCAGCUCCCGCCCCCCCCACAUUCCACCUGUCCUCCCUUGGCCUCCUAUGAAUCUCAGGUUGAAUCUGUAGCUGAGGUUGCCACUUUCCUGGGAAAAUCUCUCCAGAAUGGUCCAGGAGACAGCUGGACAACAAGCAAGUCAAUCCCCACCGUGAGUGGCCCUCUCCCUCCCCCACCAUCGGAGCAGGUGGAAGUCCAGACGGCCCCGAGAGGGUCCCAGUCAGCUGACACACAUGGACGAUCAGAGGUGCCUCCGACUGGACAGGAGGACAGGGGGUCUCAGCCCCUCACGUGCAGCCCUGGGGGCAGAACCUGGCACAGGGAGAUGGUCCCAGGAUCCAGGGAAACCAUCCUAGAGGCGAGUCUGAGUCCAGCAAUGACUGAGAAUGAGCCGUGGCCUGAGAGUGAGAGCACAUCCCUGGGAGGCCCCUGUAGUAGCAGAGCCCUGCAGGAGCUCAAGGUAGGGUCCCCAUGGGCAAGUGCUGAGGAUGCCCUGGAGCCCCUGGAGGUCGGGGAGGAGAAGCCUCCCACUUGGGAAGUCACCUUGGAAGCCAGCAUGAAGGCAAAUUCGGGAAGCAUUCAGGUGGAUCUGAGGAGAUCAGGGGCUCUGGGGACCACUAGUAAUCCCUCAGUGUCCACAGCCUGUGUUGCUGAGAAUCCAGGGCAGCUGUGCCUGAGAGCGCAGGUGGUCAGUGAGAUAGAGCUCAUAGUGCAGGUGGAUCCAGAGGAGCAGGUGCCAGGCCAUGCCUCUGGCGUCCUCCUCCAGGACGGAGCCACAGGCCUGUGCCUUCCUGGCCGCCACGUGUACAUGCUCCCCGCCGCAGACAUGCCACCUGCUCAGGCCCCUCUGUCCACCUCCCAGAGUGUGUCCAGUAAGAACACCACAGCUUCCCAGGGGCCACGUGACCUCCUAUGGAAGGGAGGGAAAGGCCCAGGGCAGCAGGAGCCUGGGAGCCCAAAAGCGAAGGCCCUGCAGAAGAGUCAGAAGGUGCUGGGCUCUGCAGACAAGGGCAAGGCCCACAGGAAGCCCAGACCAGGGGAGCCGGGACACGGGACCAAGAGACCCAGGACCUCAGAAGCCAGUGGGAGGAGCCACCCUGCCCAUGCCAGGGAAAUAGGAGACAGACAGGAAAGGAAAUAUAUCCACCCUCAGCUGGAGAAGGGACAGGCACCACCAGAAAGUAACUUUCGGAGACAGAUCAGCCACCCUCUGCAGGGUGUACCCCCCAAGAAAAGAGGCGCAGGGCAGGAAGAGGUCCUGCAGAAAGGCAGGCCUGGGGCAGCUGGUGUCCAGAGCCGCGAGUCUGGCCCAGCAAGGUUGUUCAUGGACAGCAUGGCUGAUGAGGCCCGGGCCAUCAUCAGAGUUGUGGGACAAAUCCUGUUGGACAAACUGGGGUUUCGACGGGGACGUGGUCCCUCAGAAGUCAAUCGCCACAAAGGUGACCUCCAUUCCCAGGACAAUGUGCAUUCCUGCUGCCACCAAGAACACAGCAGAGAGAUGUGUGUUCUGACCUGCAGCCCCAAAGCCACCCCCAAGGGCCAUGACAGUCCUGUCAAAAGCAGGAGCAGCAGAGACAGCAAUUGGACCCCACGUCCCAAGGAGCCUGUGUCCCCAGCUGGUCACCACCACAGGCCACGGGUGGCAAGCACCUCGGGCAGCUCCAUCCACAGCCGUAGGAACUGA